AUGCUGUCCUGGCUUCUUGUCUUCUCAGUUCUAGGCCUCGGGGCCUCAGACGUUCCCACCAUUGUUUCCCGCAAGGAGUGGGGGGCAAGAACGCUCACCUGCAAGGCCCAGUUGACUCAGCCCGCGGCCUAUGUCAUCACGGAGCAGCUCACGGGGAUGGAGUGCCAGGGGCAGAAGGUUUGCACCUGGAAGCUUCGGGGCCUACAGUCCCAUUUUGUCUACUCCAGAGACUUGUGUGACGUGCCCUACAACUUCCUGGUUGGGGAUGAUGGCAUGGUGUACGAAGGUGUUGGCUGGAACAUCCAAGGCUUGCACACCCAAGUCUACAACAAUCUCUCGCUGGGCAUUGCCUUUUUUGGCAGUCAGAUAGGAAGUAGUCCCAGUCCCGCUGCCCUAUCAGCCGCAGGGGGCCUGAUCGCCUACGCCAUCCAGAAGGGUCAUCUGUCACCCGCCUACAUUCAGCCACUUAUCUUGAAAAAUGACAUCUGCCUGGUCCCUCAACAGCCAGAGGUGCCCAGGAAAGCUUGCCCCAACUUCAUCCCUCGGUCUGUGUGGGGAGCCAGAGAGACACACUGCCCUAAGAUGACCCUCCCGGCCAAGUAUGUCAUUAUCAUUCACACCGCUGGGACAAGCUGCAAUGUGUCUGCGGACUGCCAGAUUCGUGUCCGAGAUAUACAGUCCUUUCACAUCGACCAGAGGCACUUCUGUGACAUUGGCUAUCACUUCCUGGUGGGCCAUGAUGGUGGUGUGUAUGAAGGGGUCGGCUGGCACACCCUCGGCUCUCAUACCUAUGGAUACAACGACAUCGCCCUGGGGGUGGCCUUCAUGGGCAACUUUGUGGAAAAGCCGCCCAACAACGCUGCCCUGGAUGCCGCCCAGGACCUGAUCCAGUGCGCUGUGCAAAAGGGCUACUUGGUCCCCAACUACCUCCUGGUGGGUCACAGUGAUGUCGUCAACAUCCUGUCUCCUGGGAAGGCUUUGUACAACAUCAUUAAGACCUGGCCUCAUUUCAAACACUGA